CGCUCCUCCUCCUCUUCUCCUCACUUGUCGCCUCUACUAUUCCGACCUAUCUUUUACCAAUGCAUUGGGCUCUCGUUCUCCUCAUAAUAGACGGUCUCCUGGCCAUCGGCGCCCAGUUCUCCAACAAGGCAAACUUUUUCCGGCGCGCGAUCCACUAUGGCGUCUGCGCUCUGAUCGCCUCGACCACAGGAAUUCUCGCGUCGCCGGUAUUCUGGGCGCUCGGCAAGCGUGCAUCAGCGAACUGGCUCGUGGGCCGCACCUUCUACUACACAACCUCGCUCAUCCUGGGCAUCAGGGUCGAGAUCGAGGGCGAAGAGAACCUAGACAAUGCUCAGCCCUGUGUCAUGGUUGGCAACCACCAGACCAUGUACGACCUGGUGUUCCUGGGCCGCGUUUUCCCGACGCAGGCAGUGAUUCUGGCGAAGCGCGCGAUCUCAUACUACCCGUUCCUCGGCUGGUUCAUGCUGCUUGCCGACGAUAUUUUCAUCAGCCGUGGCAGCAAGCAGUCCACUAGCGACAUGUUCAAGAGGGCAUCGGGCGAGCUGCUUUCCAAGAACGUUUCGGUGUGGUUCUUUGCCGAGGGCACCCGUGGCCGUCACGAGGACGAGCCGGGUCUGCUGCCAUUCAAGAUUGGUGCAUUCUUGCUGGCGUACCACGCAAAGGUGCCGAUUGUGCCGGUUGUGGUCCAGGACUUCCACAACAUCUACUGCAAAAAGAAGUUCUGGAGCGCGCCUGGGACGCUGAAGGUCAAGAUUCUGAAGCCCAUCCCCAUGGACACGGUCAAGGAGGAUGAUCUCAAGGAGGUCAUGAACAAGACUCGCGAUAUCAUGCUCGAGGAGCUGAAGAACAUCUCGCCGCCGCGUAUCGCCAUUUCAUAGACUGACACAUGCAAUCCCAAUGAAUGUGACCCUGAAAAGCUCAGCACAUGCCUCAUAGAAUGUUUUUUGG